AUGGCAACGCCGUCGCUUUGGUUCCAGGUGGGUGUCGGAGACGAUGGAACUAUUAUAUACAACGGGCCGACCAGUCGCUUUCAUGCUGGUUCCCUGGAUGAAGGGCCUGGGAUUUUACAUGGGGGUGAGACUUCACCUCAAGUUGAUGCCCUCAUGUCCCAGUAUACCCUCAUGGACUCUGUCUGGAUGCCUCUCAUCUCGACCAAGCAGUAUCUCGGAGGGACCAGUGUGCCUACAGAACCUGGGCUAGCACUGCUCGAUAUAUACUGGACUUGGCUGCACCCUCUACACAACUGUGUCUACCGACCGGCCUUGAUAAUGGACCUGGCUCUUGGGGGUCCCAAUUGCUCCCAGUUCUUGCUCAUGUGUAUCUUUGGGCUUGUUGCUCGGCAUCUCCCCGAGGACCACCCUGGCUUUAGCGGCGUCGGCAAGGGGGAGAUUUAUAUAUCGGAAGCUAAACAGUUACUUCUCGAAGAAAUGGCCGCCGCAAAACCCUCGAUCCCAACCAUCCAAGGUCUCUUGAUUUUAGGAGGACGGCAGUGCGCCAUGGGGAAGAGUUCUGAGGGUUGGCUCUACACGGGAAUGGCUCUGCGCAUGAUGACCGAUAUUGGACUUCACCUUGACACAACGAAACUUGCCCAGUUGGAACGAUGGACUCCCUCUGAGACGGAGAUGAGGAAGCGCCUCUAUAACUCAGCGUAUAUUUGGGAUAAGACAUUGAGCCUCGCGCUAGGCCGCCCGCCGUCCCUUAUACGGCGGCCCUACGAAGCCCAUGAAAUCUUGGAUAAGUUUGAUGAUGAGAGGCCGUGGGCACCCAUCCUCACAUUUCAGAUCCCUGAAGUGUAUUUACCCUGCCCGUCGAUGAAUACCAGUACCUUCUGUGCCUUUUGCAGGAUACACGAAAUCACCGCAGAUAUGAUGCUUCUAUUCUCAAAUCUUCCAAUCCCUGAACGGUUUUCAACGCAGAUUAAUGACCUAGAUAAAAGGCUACAAUCUUGGUACAAUGACCUGCCACAAAUUCUCAAGAUCACAGAGCCAGAGGGUCUUAGUCAAAGUCCACCACCUCAUGUCGUUUCUAUCAAUCUUCUGUAUCAUGCGCUUCGAAUCCUCCUCCGUCGACCAUAUCUCAGCUCAUCGGAUUCCGAGCAACGGGAUCAGCAUAUGAAUGACUGCAUCACCUACUCCGUGCAGAUCAAUGCAAUACAUGGAUUAUAUGCAAGAACAUUCCCUGAUCGCCUCAUGACAUACCAAGUCAGCUACUGCAUUUUCAUUGCAGCUAGUAUAGAGGUUCAAGAGCUCCAAACCGCGCCAACAUCCGAGAGACGGGACGCUGCCGCCAAAAGGCUCACGGCGGCCGUGAGAGUUCUCCAAGACGAAGCUGCGCAUACUCCUGGCGUCGGCCGGAGCCUGGACACAAUUCGACGGCUGUUGCGCGCAGAUCAGCAUAAAGCCCUGAGGAAAGACAGUACAAAUGAACGCUCCAUUUCUUCUAUUCCCACGAGAAGGACUCAGGCGGCUCGAAUGUUGAGUAACGCUGGAAAUGUGCAAGCGGCCAGCCCUGGAGCUCCUGAUCUAGCUUCUGUUCGUGAAGUGGCAGAUCCCUACCCCAUGUUUGCUUCAACAAACUUGUUUGGUGACUUUGACGAUAUUGGAUCAGCGUGGACCGACACUGGAGCUGGUUUCCAUCCUGAAGUCAUAUCUUGGUCUGGCACUGAUAAUCUGCAAAGGCCGUCGAAUAUGUCUUCAUUUGGUGAUCAACCUUGGGGUAGUUUUUGA